AUCACCAGGGAGUGGAAGGGGACACCCAGUGAGGAUCAUCAGCAUUUACUGCUGACAAGAAGUUAUUUUCGUAGACAUGAUAAAAAAAAUUACAGAGCUCUUACAAACCUUAUUUCAGAUACGAACAUAUCACUCAUAUAGCUCAAUGCAUAUAUGCGCCUGAAAUGGGCAAAAGGCAUCUUAUACUGGGGAAGUAGUUUAGUUGCACAGGUGGAAACUCCAUAAUUGGGAUUUUCACUUUAAUGAACAGAUCUUUUUUUUUUUUACCACAGAAUGCGUGUUUACAUUAAUGCCUAAUCCGAGUGUUAAUUGUCGACUUCCCUUCCGGUGCGGCUGUUGGUUGUCUGGCGGUGCGUUGUUAGUAAAUAAGGGAAAUUUAUUCCUUUUUAUAAAGUGCCACCUUCCUUUUCAUUAUUAAAUCAUAUGCUACCACACUUAACUACCUAUAAUAUUGUUGCACUUUUUUAAUUUUGAAGAAUGAACACAUGCAUGAUAAUUCCCUUCUGCAAAUAAAACAACCCGGAGUGGAAGUGAAAACCAGAGGCAUGUAGACAUUAUAUUCGUCGCUUGUCUGCUUAAACGAAUCACAUCGAAGCAGCGGGACUUCCGACCAAUCAACAUUUAGGUUGAUUUUAAAACGGCCAGGUCCGCCCAAGCCACGGGCUCGUGCAAAAUGAGCAUCCAUGUCAUGUCUUUUCGAGCUAACAGAGAAAGAAGUGAUAGUUUAUGAUAAUAAACACGGUAAAGGUAAAGGAAAUUAUAAAGGGUCUUGAGGUCACGUACGUUUGAAUAUUUCAAAUUUGGUAGCAGCGUUUUUAUUUAUUUAUUUAAAGUUUACAGACCACUCGGCUGAAAAGUAUUGCUCGUAGUUGCAAUGGCAAAAGGCUGCCGCCCUCUCUCGGAUAGUAGUGGAACUGCGACCACCUGGGUCCUUUAAAUGCUCACGUGGUGCUUCACCAGAAGUUAAAACAUGGCGGAUGGGAGGAACGAUAAAAGCUGCCUCGGUUGAAGAGGGGAAAACACCCUGACGGUGACACUUCUGAGUGCCCGGUAGGCCGAGGAGUACGAAAACCCUUCUGGCAACUGAAGAAUGUGUUUUAUUUCUUGGUACAAGGCAGACAGAAACGCCUGACUUCGACCAAAGUUAAAGCUGACGACGCUCUUCGCAUCGCAGAAAAGGGGACAAAAGAAAACCAACCAGAAAUGAACGGGGACGUCUUGUAUAACGGUCAGUCUGUGAUCCAAAAAUUCUUCACCUCUGGCAAGUCCCGCUCCCCACUCCAUGAUAAAUCCCUCCCCCUUGGACAUGAGGGGAAGGUUUCUGUGAAGCAAGUGGUCCAAAGUGAAACGGACAGACGAGACGAAGUGAGGCCUAACAAUGUGAAAUCAGAAGCAGCUGCUACUGCAAGAAGGGGGGGCCAUGACAAUGAGGGCGAAAAGUGCCUCCCAUGCCGGACAGAGGAGCCACAGCCCAAGGAGCCCCAGGGAGAAGCCUCCAACGCCACCACAGAACCCGGGCCUGCUUCUGGCCGUGCUGCUCGGCGCAGGGUUAGACCCAAGAAGUCUAAUCUGAAAACAGCAGAAAGAAAGGAGACCCAGAACAGAAAGGUCACUGAUUAUUAUCCUAUAAGGAGAAGCUCCAGGAAGAGCAAAAGUGAGCUUAAGUGCAAAGAACAGCAGCACAUCAAUCACCUGAUAAAGAACGGGAUUGAAGAAGGCAUGCAGGUGAAGCACAUUGAGGGUAAAGGAAGGGGUGUGUUUGCUGAGCGGAGCUUCCAGAAGGGGGACUAUGUUGUGGAGUACCACGGGGACCUGCUCCAGAUCAAUGACGCCAGGGAACGGGAGGCCGCCUAUGCGCAGGACCCCUCCACCGGCUGCUACAUGUACUAUUUCCAGUAUCUCAGCAAAACCUACUGUGUGGAUGCCACGAAGGAAACCAAUCGCCUGGGGAGGCUGAUAAACCACAGUAAAAAUGGCAAUUGCCAGACCAAACUCCAUAACAUAAAUGGAAUACCUCACCUGAUACUGGUGGCUUCCAGAGACAUUGAGAAAGGGGAGGAGCUUUUGUACGACUACGGUGACCGCAGUAAGGAUUCCAUUGCGGCUCACCCUUGGCUCAAACACUGAUGUAAUAUGUUUACCCUUCCUUUCCUCAAUCAGCAGCUGUACUCCAAGAAGAGAGAAUCAGCAUUUUUUUUUUCCUUUACAAACCAUUUUAAAACUGCAAAUGGCCUUAGUAAAAGCAUAUGUGCUUUUUUUUGGGGGGGGGGGUUGCUGGGGCACAUACCCAAGUUACGGCAGUCCUUAAACUGUAAUGGCAUCAACUUUUAAAUAUUAAUGGUAAUUUUCCGAAGCAAUUUUUAUGUACUUUGUAUACGGGUAGGUCAGUGACUCCAGCUGGUAUAGACCACGCUCUGCAUUUUAUCAAUCUUAAUGUUAGGAGGUAUGCUUAGCAAUAAAUUUAUGGUUGAGGAAGAAAGCGUGUGUAGCUGGAUCUCUUGAAGCCGUUAACUGGAAUGAGAUUCCUAGGCUGUAGCUUAAAGUUCAUCUUAAAUUUGACCCCUUCCUUGCCGUGUUGAACCUAGUUAUUUUAUGAACUUGAACAAGAGCUGUACCUCACACACAAAGCUGUCAAAUGUCUAACCAAAUGUUUCAAGUGAACUUAUUAAAAUAGUGCUCCUCAACCUGAAUUAUUACCCUUUUUUGCCAUACAUUAAAGCAUUUUACUGCA